AUGUCAGCGCCCCAUCGUGGGCUGCCGCCGCCAGCAGCAAUGGCCCUUCCCCCUCAGCAUGCCCCGACUUCCGCCGUCCCGCCUCCACCACAGCACGGUCAUCAGCCGCCUCCUCCGCCUCCUCCAAGUCAGGGCGCUGCUGCUCCCCAUCCGCCGCCACCACCGCCGCCGCCGCCUCCUCUUUCUCAUCCCCUUCCUCCUUCGCAACAGGGUCAGCCAUGCACAGCGUUGCCUCCUCCUCCUCCCCAGCAAUGGCAUGGAUCCGAGGAAGCCAUGAGAAACUGGUUGCAAGCCAAGGCGGAAGAAGAAAAGACGAGGCAAGAAGGACUUCGGUUGGAGCAGAGAAGAGUGGAAAUGGACAUGCUGAGGGAUUCACUCCGGGGUGGUAUCCCGCCACCCAUGAUUCCUCUGGUCUUUGCCGGGAUGGCAUCUGGCGGGACUUUGCCGCAGGCAGCACUGGAUUGGGCUCAACAUUUCUUCCCGCCGUCACAGACUCAUCAUCUGCAGCUUCUGCCGGCUCAAAGGCAGCCUUCUCCAGAGACUCAUCAAAGAGAAGGCCUCGUGCAAGGACAAGCGACGGGGCAAUAUCCCUCGGGAGCAAGCCAGCAAAUCCCCCCUCCAGGCUCCGGGGGCUACGGUCCAUAUCCUGGCUCACCGUCCAGACCACGAGGACAAACCGUGAGCGGCGUCGUUGGCCGAGCAGCUGGUGAUGGUCUUGUUGUCGUUGGCGGCGGAGGCGGCGGAGGCGGCGGCGGCAGUGGUGGUGCAGGUGGAAGUCUGCCCCAUGGUGGCCAACCUGCUGGAGCGCCGUACGGUCCACAGGCUCAUUUGCGCACGCAGUCGGCACAGCAGGAGACGAGCCCAGGCCUGUAUUUCCAUCAUUGGCAACCACCCGCGACGCAAUUGGGGGGCGGCAGCAGCUCCAACCGACCGGGGACCCCAUCCGGAGAGUCGAGCAAGAAGCGCAAAGCUCUGGGACCACCACAGCCUGGAGGAACCCCCGGCGGGCAGCCACUUCGAUCUCCGCCACCGUUUAUUCAAAGCACCUUUGCCAACCCGCCACCUGGCCGUAAAGGCGGGCACAAACGCCAGAGGAGCGAUGUUUCGUGGUAUCGGCCUCAAGGGUAUCAUGUAGAGGAGUCGGAACGGGCGCCGCGACCGGUGACGCCGAUUCGAGAUGUCAAGGCGGAGUUUUCCCGAGAACGAUAUGUUGCGGACCCGAGCAGACAUUCGGUGUCGACGCUGCUCUCGCACGAGACGGAAACGUCGAGGUCGCAUUACCCCAUGUCCCACGACCACGAUCGGUCACUGCCUCGACGCCGGGAACACGAAGGAUCGCAUCGGGAGCGAAUGUCGCCUGCCCGAGAUGCGGACCAGGCGUGA